AUGCCUUCUUUCAUCUCAGAAUCUUCUCCAGCGACUGCUAAUGGCUCAAAGCCCACUGAAGAGCACUGGAACAACUGGCCAAAUGAGAAAGGAUUUGACCCCGAGUACGAAGAGCGCACUCCAGUCGAGCUCUUCGUGACUGGCAAUAUUCCUGCCUAUGCCGCAGGAACACUUUUUCGCACAGGCCCAGGCAAAAGCCAAGUUGAGACCGAAGCCGGGGAACUCUUCAAACUAAGACACUGGUUUGACGGCUUCAGCCAAACCCACCGAUUCCAAAUCAUUGUCUCGGAUGAUUCUUCCAUCCGGGUCUUGUACAAUUCCCGCUUCUCCACUGACGGCUUGAUUGCAAAAGUGCGGAGGGACGGCUACAUGAUAGGCUUUGCCGACAAACGCGAUCCCUGCAAAGAAGUCUUCAACAACGUGCAAACCGAAUUUGUCCCACCCCGUAGCCCGUCCGAGGUGAAUAUUGGCGUAACACUUUCUAUCAACAUGCCAGGCCUCGACAUUCCAUCUGAGGAAGAGUCUGAGGAAGAGUCAGCCGAGCGCUGGUCUGACUCGAAGGGUAUCCGAACCCUGUAUGCGAAGACAGAUUACAAUGCAUUCAAGAAACUGGAUCCGGAAACACUUGAACCAAUAGGCCUGGCCUCGCAACAGGACCUUCAUCCUGAGCUAACCGGUCCUAUGUCUGCUUCACAUGCCCGUUCCGAUCCUUUCACGGGCGAUGUAUACAAUUUCAAUCUCACCGCGGGUCCAGAAUCCAUCUAUCGCGUAUUUCACGUCUCUGCAGGGACAGGCAAGACUUCCAUCUUGGCUACAUUCCCAGGCACGCCCGCCUACAUCCAUUCUCUCAAUAUCACCGAGGACUUCAUCCUUCUCUGUGUCUGGAACUCGCAUAUCAACAUUGACGAGUUAGAAAAGGGAUCCUUCAGGGAUACUAUUAUGCCUACCGACCCAACCCUGCCAGCGACAUGGUAUGUGGUCGAUCGCAAGCACGGAAGAGGCCUGGUUGCAACAUAUGAAAGUCCCGCGUUCUUCUGCUUCCACACGAUCAACGCGUUCCAAGAGCCAUCCAAAGAUGAUCCAACCAAGAUCGAUAUACUUGCUGACCUCGUGCGCAUGGAUACCUCCGACUUCUUGGAUCUCGUCCUUUACAAGAACAUGAAAUCCUCGCUCCCUACUGCAAAGGAAUUCGCUGCAAGCAGAACAGAGGAAACACGCACCACUUUCUCUCGAUUUCGCCUUCCUGCUUUGCCAGCGGAACCUAAUUCGGAGGUUCUCCAGGCUACGCUGGAGUGGUCCUCUGGUAAAGCUUUCUCGCCCGAAUUGCCUACCAUGAACUCUAAGUUCGUCACGAAGAAGCAUCGGUAUACUUAUGCGACGUCUUUUCGAGGAGAGUCGACUUUGACGGAUGGAAUUAUCAAGUUUGACUGUGAGACUAAAGAGACUCUCCUGUGGGCGCACCAUGGCCACUCACCCGGUGAGCCGAUCUUUGUCGCCAACCCAGAUGGUGUGAAUGAAGAUGAUGGUGUCCUUCUCAGUGUGGUUCUGGAUGGCUUCCGGGAUCAUAGCUACCUGCUCUGUCUUGAUGCUCGUGACUUGACUGAACUUGGACGGGCUAAUGUGAAAGGCGUCGUUGGAUUCGGAUUCCAUGGACAGCAUGUUUCGACCGUUGGCAUGCCUACUGGAGAUUAUUGA